AUGUCUUACAAUAUUCAUCAGCAAGUAUUCGUCCUCUCAAAUGCGUCCAAUCUGCUGUCGGCGUGCAAGGGUACGCAGGCCGAUCUACAGGGCAAGAUAGAUGCGGCUCUGCAAUCUACCAUUACAAACGUCAAAAUCGGCGAUUGGAGCGUCGUCUGGGGACCCAAAGUAUGGAAGUUCAACCCCAGCAAUGCCAACUCAGGACCCGACCGUGUCUGGUACAUCGCACACAAUCCAUCUGCAAAUUUUGGAGACGGGGCUCACGAUACCUACGUUUUGGCCGUCGCUGGAACUGCAGAUAGUUCAUUCGAGAACCUGGUCAUCGAUGCGUAUGUGAACAAAGUUGUCGAUUUCAAUAGCUGGGUGCAAACCGGGAUUACCACUGCUCCUGAGCAAGCAACCUCGGUAGAUCAGGCAAAGCCGUACAUUGCAUAUGGAACAGCUACCGGGAUAUCCACUCUCUUGACUGUGGCGAGCCCCGCUGGGCAGACCAUCAUCGAGUUUCUGUCCACCAUUCCCUCUACGUCCCGACUCGUAUUUACUGGGCACAGUCUCGGGGGUGCCUUAUCACCAUCCGUCGCGUUGGCUCUAUUGAAGGCCGGGCUCCUAAAGAACGCGCCGGGGAACGUCUUCACAUACCCAACUGCGGGUCCGUCCCCAGGAAAUGGACCAUUUGCUGCCCUUUUCUCAGGGGAAUUUCCUCUGACCACCUCAGGACCCGCACCAUACCAGGUGUGGAAUGGAAACCUCACAAACACAUACGACAUCGUCCCUCAUGCGUGGGGUAUUGAUACCUUGAACGAGAUCCCAACACUCUACGGGAAAUUGCCAUUCGUUCCAGCCGUUCUCGUCAGGACCAUUGUAAACGGUGCCAUUGAUAAGGCCAAAUCGUCAGGGCUAGGGUAUGUCUCGCUUCAGGGACAGACAUUCUCUGCAGCCACCCCCACUACUCCCAAGACUUUGAAGGCCUUCCUUCAAACUGCUUUACAGGAACAUAUAUCGGCAUACGGCGUGCUCCUCGAGACGCCAAGCAUUCCGUCACUGUGCAAACCAGCGUCUUCGACGGAGCAGGCUAGAGGUCUACCAAUUCUGGGAGGUAUUUAUCAGGCUCAUCUCGAAGCAAAGGAAAUGGAGAGGUUGGAAAAAGAGGCAGAGUGA